CGUCCUUGACGCUAAAACCCUUCCAUCGUUUUCGCUGCGGGGACGAUCUAGGGUUAGGGUUUUGGGUGCGGGCGUUUGAUCUCGGCGACGAUGGUGGCGGCGGCGGACAAGGGAAAAAGGUCGAAGGUGGAGGACGGCGUGGAAUCCUCGGAUCCGGUCGAUGGGGAGUUGGUGCUAGCUAUCGAGAAGCUGCAAGAGGUCCAAGACGAGCUUGAGAAGAUUUCUGAGGAAGCAAGUGACAAGGUUUUGGAAGUGGAACAGAAAUAUAGUGAGAUACGGAAACCCAUCUACAGCAAGCGGAAUGAGAUCAUCCAGUCCAUUCCAGACUUUUGGUUAACUGCUUUUCUAAGCCAUCCUGCACUCAGUGAUCUGUUGAACAAGGAAGAUGAAAAGAUUUUGAAGCAUCUGGUGUCACUUGAUGUUGACCAUAGCGAUGUUAAAGCAGGCUACUCCAUUACUUUUAACUUCUCCCCUAACCCAUAUUUUGAAGACACAAAGCUUACAAAGUCAUUCUCCUAUAGCGAUGAAGGAACAACUAGUGUAACUGGAACAACCAUAAAAUGGAAGGAAGGAAUGAACAUUGCAAAUGGCGUUGCUCAUGAGAAGAAGGGGAAAAAGCGGCCUAUUGCUGAGCAAAGGCUAGUUUCUAUACUUGAUUUCUUCAGCUGGUUUGGCGAAACACAAGAUAAGAGUCCGUCAUCGAUGAUAUUUGAUGAGGUGGCAGAGAUAAUAAAAGAAGACUUGUGGCCAAAUCCUCUCAAAUACUUUAACAAUGAAGCUGAUGAGGAUGAUUUUGAAGAGGAUGAAGAAGACGAUGAGGAUGAUGACGAAGAAGAUGAGGUUGUAUGUUCUACGACAGGAGAAGGGCUCCGAUGAAGAUGAAGAUGAUGAGGGGGGGAGCGGCUAAAAUUUUACCAACAAUCAUUUUCUAGUUAGACUUCCAUGCCUAGUUUGUGCAAAGCCAUAUCUUCCGGUUUCAUAGUGGACUGAUGCAAGAAAAUCAUCCUUGCAAGCAUGGUCAUUUCCAUUUUUUGCGAGUUAUAUUUCUCUGAUCAUGCCCUAGAGAAAUAUCUUUCCUUAGCCAUGCUGGUAAUUUAGCUCAAAAUGGGAGGUAGUCUGGUAGAGGCAUCUCCUUAGUUAUAUAUGUUAUGUUUCUCUUUUCAUUUGUUUGUACCUCUUUGGUGCUUCUGGUGAACCUUGUUGUCUGUCUAAAAAAAAAAAUGACCCUUUAAUUAUCUUUUGCUAAGCCUUUUUUUAGUCCCAAGUGUUUAAUUUAUACAUGUAUGACAUUUUAAAGUUAUCGUUUAUGAGAAGUGUGUAUCGCAUUUGUUUUUUA